AUGCCUAGACCCCAUGUUAACCACGGCGCAGUGAGAACAUUUAUCGAACCUACAGUGAUCCUAGUAUCAACAAAGAUUGACGACAAAGUCAUCGAACGGUUCGAUCCAGAAGCCAGGAGCGACUGCGCAAGUAGCGACAACGACCAAUUUCGCCUUCCAUUUCUGCUGGAGGUGAGGCCGCCCAAUGAGUUCUCUUACGAUGCCGCAAAGAACAAGCUUGUCAGCCUUCGUUUGGGUGACGAGAAUGGUACCCGUGUCAGUUUCAACAUUCCAGGAGAGCUUGCAUCAAUGAACCACCUGGAUGAAGAGGGAACGUUAGGCCAGCAAGGACAACUGCUCCGUCUAGCAGGAUGGAUUGACCUUGACAGCCGUUCAACGGUCGGCUGCGCUGGAGCACUUAUAUCGUAUCUCCAACGCCGACGCGCUGCGGCAUACCUGCCUGGCGAUCGCUCAGCUUAUCUCAUGUUCCGUAUCACAACACUGGAGAUGUUCAGUCUUCGAGAGACGAUGUUUAUCAACGCGGAUACGCUUCACUCGUUACAGAUCAUGGGUGCCGAAUCGCAUCCGCACUCGCACAACAAAGGGCCGACCAAAGCGAGCUCCGGCGAAAAGGAAGGGCUCUCCGUGUAUGGGCUGUUUCAUCAUCUCGCUCGAACACCACAAGGAAGGUUCCUGCUUCGGCAACAGUUCCUUCGCCCUAGCCUCAAUAUUGAUGCUAUCAACGAAAGACUGAGCACGAUAGCGGUCUUCGUCCGUCCAGACAACGAUCCCGCUUUACAGGCACUUGUACAGAAUCUCAAGAACAUCAGCAACAUGCGUGCCAUGAUGGUCAACCUGAGAAAGGGCGUGGGUGGCUCAACGAAAGCAGGCGGAGGAUUUUCCAAAAGCAUAUGGACAUCCAUCAGAGCGUUCGCAUUCCAUGCUCUCAAGAUCAAAGACACAUUGCAGGAUGUUCUCGGCGGUGAAACUCUAGCUAUCAGGAACAAGGUCUUCGAGAAAUUCGAAGGUUACCAUUUAGCUCAGAUCGGAAGAAAGAUCAGUGAGACCAUCGACUUGGCCAAUUCGGCAGAAGAAGGUCGGACUGUCAUCAUGCCCGGCGUUGACGACGAGCUGGAUCAGAUGAAAAGGACUCUGGACAGUCUUGACGACUUCCUCAACCGAGUAGCGCGGAAGUUGUCUGAGAAGAUGCCCUCUGACAUUCGUGCCACGCUGAACGUCAUCUACUUCCCGCAGAUCGGAUUUCUCUGCACCACUCCCGUUAAUGAAUUGAGUGGAGACGCCGUCUAUCAGGGCACCUUCGACAGUCCUUGGGAGAGAAUGUUUGCUACUGAAGAGCAGGUCUACUUCAAGAACAGCGAAACUCGUGAGAUGGAUGAUCACUUCGGUGACGUGUACGGCAUCAUCUCGGAUCGCGAGAUUGAGAUCAGCCAUGAGCUUGCACAGUAUCUGUUGCAAUAUGAAGAGCUGCUGACAUCUUGUUCGGACGUAUGCGGAGAGCUUGAUAGCCUGCUUGCAUUAGCACAAGGUGCGAAGAUUUACAAGCUGUGUCGCCCCCGGAUAACCCAUGACAAUGUCAUACGUAUCAAGGGUGGCCGCCAUAUCCUGCAAGAGCUCACAGUAUCAUCCUUCGUCGCGAACGAUACGACUCUAAUAGGCGGGGAGGGCGAUAGAGCUUCGGAGGAAGACGCCGAUGAUAGCUAUGGUACCGGUACCCAACCGAUUACGAGCUCAGCGAGUCGCCAUACCUACGCGCACAAGGAUAGCGCAAGCAUGCUUGUAUUGACAGGGCCCAACUACUCAGGCAAAAGCGUGUACCUGAAGCAGGUCGCGCUCAUCGUAUACAUGGCCCAUGUUGGAUGUUUCGUCCCAGCAGAUAGCGCAAAGAUUGGGUUGACGGACAAGAUUCUUUCCAGGGUCACGACGCGCGAGACGGUGUCUCGUGUUCAAAGCGCUUUCAUGAUAGACCUUCAGCAGAUCUCACUCGCGCUGAGUUUGGCGACGCGUCGCAGCUUGCUCAUCAUCGAUGAGUUCGGCAAGGGGACAGAGUCCAGCGAUGGUGCUGGUCUGGCAUGCGCAGUCAUGGAGUAUCUGUUGAGUCUGGGCUCGGAGCGACCAAAAGUCAUUGGCGCUACGCAUUUCCAUGAAAUCUUCGAGAUGAACCUACUCAAGCCAAGGCCUGCUCUUGCGUUCGGCCACAUGGAAGUGCGCAUCGAUGCCGAAGCGUCGGAAGUCAACGAGCAGAUAACCUAUCUCUACAAUUUUCGCGAAGGUCGAAGUACCUCAAGCUUCGGUACAUGCUGUGCCGCCAUGAACGGUGUACCUCCCGAGAUCAUCCAGCGCGCAGAAAAUCUCAUCCUCCUUUCCGUCCGCGGCGAAGACCUGGUAGCUGCAUGUUGCCAGAUGCCGGAAGAUGAAGCUGCGGAACUCGAAGAAGCGGAGCAGAUCGCGAGAUACUUCCUCGAGGCCGACGUCUACCAAGACCCGAAGAACACCUUGGCGGAUAUUCUGACUGUAUCCACGACCACAGAUUCGCGCAAUUAG